GGAAGAAUUAGAUAAUGAUAAUGGGAAAUUGGAGAUUUGGAGAUUUGGAGCGAAAACUAAAAAAAUGCAACGGAAAAUUUGGCUGAUUGCGCCAAAUGUAUUUUCGAGAAAAGAAAUGGCGGGAAUAUAUUGGGGGUUUUAUUAAUGGCUUUUUCUACUGAGAAUUGGGAAUACCCAGGAACAUAAAGGUUGAGAGAGAGAUUUUUGGGCUUGAAUCUCAACUUCUAGGGUUUUUUCCUUUCAUAUCAAUUCAUACUCCUUCAAAUUCCACCAUUUUAAACCAAUUUCUACUGAAAUUAAUUCUCAAAAUCUCCAUUUUGUCAUUUAAGCAUCCGUCUAUUUUGUUCCGAUUCCGAUUAUUUAGGGUUUCCGAUUUCGAAAAUGACGGAUGCGAUGGUAAUCGACGACGAUACUCCAAAACAGUUGCCUUCAUUGAAAAGGAAAAGAGAGAAGUUGAAGCUCAAAGAGUUAACUCCCCAAGAGAGAGAAUCGAAGUUGAAAUCGUUAAAUGAGGAGUUAGAGAGUUUAUUGAAGUAUUUUGAUGAAGUUCUGAGGGUUGAUGUUGGUUUAGGGUUGCAAUUGUGCUGUGGUUCUUCGAGUACUAGUGUGAAUGCGUUGAUUGCGGUUUUGAUGGAGGAGAAGAGAUGUUCUUACUCGAAGUUGGUGGGAGAUGUGUAUGAGAUAUUGAAGGAAAGAGAAAUCGAAGUUACGAUUGCUAAUGUGAAAAGUAGUGUUUUGUUUGUUGGACAGAGAGUUGCUUAUGGAGUUCCGAAUUCUGAUGCUGAUGUCUUGGAGGAUGAAACUCGAUCUUGCCUUUGGUGUUGGGAGACAAGGGACCUCAAAAUAUUGCCAAGUUCUUUGCGUGGAAUUUUAAAAGUUCGUCGUACAUGUCGUAAGAAGAUUAAUGAGAGAAUUACUGCCAUCUUAGAUGUGAUAUUUUCUCUGCAAAACCCCAGUGAUUCCCAAAUCUGGAAAGCUAAUAUGACAAAAGCUACUGAAAAGCUUAAUAAAUCCUUGGCAGAAGCAGAUAUCCGCUUGCUUGUGGAAAACUUGAAUCAGAAAUGCAAUUCUGAAGUAGCUGAAAAAGAUGCAAAGAAGAAAGGAACAAUUCUAAUCAAGGAAUUUGAGAAAAAUAAGCGUGAAAUAGAGAAGGAGACGAAAAAGAUGGAACGUGAGCUUCUGAAGGAAAAGUUGCAAAGUGAGAAGGAGAAGAAACGCUUGCAACAAGAGGCUGAAAGAGAUGAAAAGCGUCGUGAAAAAGAAGAAUCUGAAGUGAGAAAGCAACUAAAGAGGAAACAAGAGGAAGCCGAUAAAGAACAGCGUCGAAAAGAGAAGGAAGAAGCUGAACUUAAGAAGCAGCUCUCCAUCCGAAAGCAAGCAUCAAUUAUGGAACGCUUUUUAAAAAAAAGCAAGACAACUCCAACAUCCCAGGUUGAUCAAUCACCAAAAUGUGCUACUUCCUAUCAGGCACCAAUUGAAAGUGUCUUUAAUUCAGUCUGUCUUCAAAUGGAUUCUGCUCUGCAACAUCAGGAAGAGAUUGAUGUGGAUGAAAUUCGCAAGUCUCAUAUGAGUUCUUGGCGCACCUUAGGCGACUGUAUCAGGUCAAACCACAAACAGCACUGGGGGUUACGACGUAAACCAAAGGCUGAGCUAAUUAAGGAGCUAAAGCUCACUUCUAAUAAGGGACCUGUUCGUGAUGAUGACUUGUGGAUAGAUGGAAUAGUAGAUGGAUGGGGGCAAGUGAGUAAUGAUGACAAAUCUUGCCACACCAAUGCAACUGCUUCACCUAAUACGUGCAAGUACUUGCAAAGCAAACAAUUGUUGCAGUUUGAUAAAAGCUGUAGGCCUCCCUUUUAUGGAAUUUGGCCAAAGAAAAGUCAUGUUAUUGGACCCCGUCAUCCUUUCAAAAAGGAUCCUGAUUUGGAUUAUGAUAUUGAUAGUGAUGAAGAGUGGGAAGAGGAGGAUCCAGGUGAAAGCAUUUCAGAUUCUGAUAAGGAAGAUGAAGAAAUUUUGGAUGAAGGAUCAUUGAAAGCGGAUGAUGAUGAAGAGAGCGAGGAUGACUUCUUUGUACCAGAUGGUUAUCUCUCAGAAAAUGAGGGAGUAAAUACUGAUAGAAGUCCCAUUGACCUUGAGGAAGACAAUAGUAGUUCACUUGCUUGCAAGACAGAAGCUUUGAGUGAAGAAUAUACUGCCUGGAUACGACAACAAAAGUACCUGAACAAUUUGACUGAGCAUGCUCUUAGAAAGAACCAGCCUCUUAUAAUUGUAAAUAUGAUGCAUGAUAAAGAGCACUUGUUAUCAGCUGAAGAUCUUACUGGCAGUCUCAAGGCUGAGCAAAUGUGUUUGCAAGCUCUUUGUAUGCGUGCUCUGCCUGGAGGUUUGUAUAUAGAGGUACCAUCUGAUAACAAUUUGCCAGAAGAGAAUCAUGAAGCUUGCACCUCAAAUAGCAAGGGAAGCACAGGUGCAACAGGGGUUGCUACAACAAUACCUGAUUCUGAUCUCCCUAAAAUUGUAUCAAUCAUUCAAUCCUGCCCACAUGGUAUCAACAGGGUGCUGGAUUCCUUGCUGCAAAGUUUUCCAAACAUUCCCAAGUGUCACUGGAGAAAUAAAAUUCGUGAGAUCUCUGAUUUUGUUGAUAAUCGUUGGAAGGUCAAAAAGGAGAUCCUGGUUAAGCUAGGAAUGUCACCAGAGAAGAGUGGGAAAAGAACUCAAAGCAUCGCCACGUUUUUCUCGAAACGAUGUAUGCCUCCUGCCGGCAAUGUUGUCAGCCCAUGCCAGUCCUCUCCUGAAUCCAUUAAGCUUGCUUCAUCAAGCCAGCAGCCGCAGCAGCAGGAACGCUCAGAAAAUGUGUAGUUUUCAUGUCUGAAAAGUUUUUUUUUGUCCAAAUUUUUCUGUCGGGGCUUGUAACUAGUUCUCCAGCAUCGGUGUUGAUUAACAGGGUUCAUUUUGUGGUUUAAUAACUAAACGGAUGAAUCUUUGCUUCUCUAAAGAACUAAAGAUCUUUGUCACCUUUCCUCAUCAGCAAAACUGCUAUUAUGUGAUGCAACAAUCUUGAAGUACUAAAAACAAAUGGCGUCUUAGAAAAUUUUUCAAAAUUAUUUAUAUUUACUUUUUUAUCUUUGAUAAAUUUUCAGAAUUUUCUAACCUUAAUUAAGGGACUUUUCGUCCAAUCAUUAGAAACAUAAGUGUAUUUUAAUUCAGUGUAAUUGUUUUUUUGGUGUUCAAUACUUCAUUCUCUUUUGUUUGAUACAUUUUAUUUUGGUUUG